AUGAGGGGGAACUUGGCCCGCCAUGGUCGCCGUCUCCUGGUGUACCGUCCAACAUCUGCGCCAGCAUGUCUUUCGUAUGCGAACCCUGCUCGACGACGACCGAUAACGCGACCUGUCGUGCGGAGAGCCUUUGAAAGAACGUUUUUGAAUACCCUGUUUCAGAAGCCUCCGAGAGAAGUUCGACAACCCGAGUACGAGCCGGGAUGGAUGCAAGUCAUGGUGUGGAGGAGUCGAAUGCUGGACAAUCUGCGACCGCCGCCAAGGAGGGAGCUGAUAGAUGCUUUGAAGAAGCUCAUGCAAUCAAAAUUAAAGAGAGGGGUGCCACUAAAUAGUACACAGGCUUUGCAAUGCCGCCGAUUGUUGGAGUACCUCGCGACCGCAAGUCAAAAUGACCCGCAAGUGAAGGCUCUGUCCUCGGGUGAUUUGGCAAUAAUACGAAAAGUUCUUCUUGAUAUUGCGCCUCAAGAAAGGACUGAAAAUCACUUGGAAUUUGCGAAAUCGCUAUACGCCGUCUGGUCAUCGGGGAAUUAUACGGGCAAACUUCGAUCGCUUGAGCAGCAAUGGUCCGAUUUUAUCAAGAUGUUGUGCGAGUAUGGCGGCUCCGAAGAAGCGCUCCAUCUGUUGAGAUCGAAGUGGAACGAACCGUCGUACUUUGUUUACUUCGUCAAAGAGGAUCAGCUGCUGGCGUGUGUUGCCCGUGGCCUUGCGAGAGAGGGGAAAGAAAAGGAGCUCAUCGGGCUGGUGAACUACGCAAUGGGAAACGGUGUGCCCUACGAUGCCGCCAUUCAAGCAGUAAUGGUUCAGUAUUUUGCAGACAAGAACAAUAUCACCGAGACCCAACACUGGUUUACUCAACCCACCAAUCAGAAGUAUCCUCAGGCGCAAGUGUACAGGGACAUGGCCUCAUUUGCCAGAAGAAACAACCUCGAGGAAUGGGCCGUGCCUCUGGUUCUCGAACUCGGUCAGUCACAACCGAGGCGCAAACACUGGGAUGCCAUACUUCAGUCUAUCUUACUACUUGGAAAGGCUUUGGCUGAAGUAGAUGCCAUGAUGGGGCACAUGGUUGAUGGCAAUGGCCCUCUUUCUCCAACUAUUGGGACCAUCAACGGUCUCCUGACAGUUGCAGUUGAGACUCAAGAUCCCGAAUUGGGUGAUGAUAUACUUGUUUUAUGUGCGGAGAAGGCAUUGGCACCGAAUGGGGAGACAUACCUUCUUCUUCUGCGGUUACGGCUUGAGACCGGCGAUCUCAAGGGCGCACAACGAGCAUUCGAGCAAAUCAAACAUUUCGAACCAUGGAGUAACGAACGGGCUAGUACCGACCUCUUUGACGAUUUCCGUCGAUCUUCGAAUAAAUAUUUGACCGUGCUCUCACAGCAGGUGCCCCCGGAUUUUAAGCUCAUCCUUGCCAUCCUGGAAGCUCUUGAGGAGGAGCAAAUGCUCUUGGAGCCCGAAACAGUAGCUGCUCUCUGUGUGAAGUUUUUGGAGAAUGACCAGCAUUUUGAUGUCAUGGAUUUGCUCUCACUUCACUCUUUUAUGUACAGUGAGCAGCAACGGGAAGCAGUGCAGAAGGCGUUUGUGAGAUUUUGUCUCGACAAAGGCACCAGUACAUCGCGAGCAUGGACCGCAUACCAACUGCUCCAGCAAUUCUUCCAGGAUACUAGCUAUGAACUUCGAAUGAAGCUAAUAGCAGCGUUUUUUGAGCGCAAACGGCCCGACAUGGCUUCCCAUGUAUUCGGGCACAUGCGGCAGCAUCGAAACAAAUCAUAUCACCCUACUAUGGACACAUACAUUCUAUAUCUCGAGGGGGUGGCGCAGAAUCCUGAUGUCGAAGGGCUGGUCAUGAUUCACAACAUGCUGAAGAUGGAUACAACUAUUCAGCCAAACACAAAGCUGUACACGGGAUUGAUGCUGGCCUACACGGCUUGCGAUAAGCCAAAGACUUCGCUAGACUUCUGGAAUGAAAUCACACAGUCCCGCGAGGGUCCAUCCUAUGCAAGUCUACAAGCCGUGUUUUGGGCGUUGGAGAAGAAGCCUGGCGGAGAUAAACAGGCGCGAGAAAUCUGGGAGAGGAUUGAGCGAAUGGAUCUGGAAGUGCCGCCGGCUGUGUAUAAUGCCUAUGUGGGUGCUAUUGCUGGCAGUGGCAAUGAGAAGGAAGUGCGAGGACUAAUUAUGAAUAUGGCAUCCUAUGUCGGAUCGGAGCCGGAUUCAAAUACGCUGGCUAUUGCGCACAACGCACUCCCUGGACAGGAACUACAAGCAAGUUACCGCGACUGGGUGAAGAAAAAGUAUGAGGCUACGUGGGCCGAGCUGGAUAAAGCCGGCAGGCGACUCAACGAGUUUGGUCUUUGCCAAAUCAAGAUCAAGCGGGUCAUGCAGACAUGA